GUUAGAGAAACAUUCCAGAAACCAGCGAGCAAAUGAAUUGUGAACGAGACAUUGUCGUGUACUUUCCUUUAUACUAGUUAAAGGAACAUUCAAUAAACCAGCACCUUAUCUCAAGUCCUUCCCCCAAGUACAACACAUCCGUGCCUACAAUGUUUUAAAAUCCGUUGGAUUGGUACCAGACGCAGGUACGUUGCUUCUGGGUGGCCAGUCUAAGGGGUUUAUUCAGUCUCUUUAACGGCAUUUACCAUAUGCUACAGUCAUAUCAUUCCCACGCCCUAACUGUCAUACGUUGAGUGUGUAGUAGCAUGCUCUUGGAUUAGUAUUUUCACUCGUAUAUGUACCGUCAAAUAUUCUGUGUACACAAGUUUGCAUAUCUGCUAGCACACCGUCGUCAAUCACAUUAUACACUUUUACCUAUACUAUGUGUAUUCGCAUUGUUCUCCAUUGCCUUCUCAACCGGUAUCUCAUUUUCAAUUCUCUUCUCAAUACUCGUUUUUUGUCUUUAUUUUUCUCUUAAGGUGCGAAGAAAGUCAAUAAACGCUUCUUGAACCACUCCGAGGCAUAAAGCAUGCGUCUCGUAGUAGUCAGCCCUACCUUAUAUGGCAUGCUUAUCAACCCGACAUUCACCAUGUCUCAUUUGGUCAGCGUCAAACCCUCUAGCACAAGCACAAACGCCGCCAACAACUGCUUACUACUUUUAUUACGAUCGGCCUUCGGAUCACGCUCACACAAAACCACAUCUUUAUCCUUACUCCGCAUGGCGAUGAUAAUGAAUAGCCACUGGACUCGUGCCUUGAAAGAUAUAUGUGUAGGUUUAAUCGUCUGCGUACGAGUGAGCCGUCACAUCCGCCGCCUCAGCGGUCAGUUUAUCGGGCAGCGUUCGAUUCUGUUCAAUUUUCAUAAGGCUAUGAUUCUUCGUGUAUGUACACGGGCUAUUUCUGCUUUUUCUUUGUUAUACAGCUUUUGUACAUAUUUACAUCACAUGAAUAUUCAUGAUGGUGGGUUUUUUAU